GAAUUAUUUUUUUGUUGCUUCAACAUGCGAGACUUGGGAAAUUCCCCUAAUUGAAAAUCACCUUUUGCUGCCCAUUUCUCCCUUGUUCUGACCUCUCCAAACAUCUGACUGUCUGGUGCGCUCACGUUGCGCACACAUCUCAAACUAAUUGAGUUCUGUUUCACUCUCAAUGUUAAUUCGUUUACACCGAACAGCUCGUUUUUAUUUAUCCACGAGGACUUUAGUUUAAUGGACCGUGGACGGGUGUGCUUAAUGGCAGGUAAGCUUGGUUAAAGCAAAAGACGGACAACAUGUUGAGAGGUGUGCGUAAUGAUUGCCCUUGUCACCAGUGUCCAUAGAUUUUGGACUUAAUGGUGCCUCUUACUGUGUACAUUUAGAGCACGCGCUCUUUUUACGAGAAAAAAAAGUUUAAUACACAUAAUAUUAGGCUUCAGAUAAAAAUGCGCGUUCAGAAUAACUUAAUAUUUCUUCGAUACUUUUGAAACAUUGUACAAACGUACCCUAUAUGUAAAAAAAAAAAAAAAGGGACUUUUUAGACCCCCCAACCACUUCGCACCCUGCUACACUUUUUAAAACGGGAUCAAUUUUUUUUAAACAUUUUCCCAAAGAACAUUUUAAUAAUCUAAAGAUAUCUUCCCACUAAAUAACAUUUUGUGCAAUAGAAAGUUUCAAUGGAAGUUAAAUGUUAUUCAAAGAUGCCAAGUUAUAGGCUAUUUGUGCAGUUACAUAGUUGUCAUAUUUGGUUUUUGCUUAGACAAUUACAGCUCAAGUAGGUCUGGAUUAUUUUGCCUUUGAUAAAUGAGAAUCGAUCCUGUCUCUUUAUGUCGGAAGUUGAUAAAGAGAAUUUGAGCAAUUUAGAAUGUUUUAGCAACAUUUUUUAUUCUGCAUUUUGAAGUCCCUCUUUUAUUCCCGUUCGGUGUUCAUUGAACAGCGGCAGUCUUUUCUGCGGAGAUCAGAGAUACGGAUUCCCCGAUUCACCUGUCUUUGCAGUAAAUCUAACAACUGCAGGUGUAGCACAUAUAGUCGCAGGCAAACAGAAAGUGUUUGCCAAGGGCAUUGAUUUGAGCAUGGUCCGUUCUGUUCAAUUAUUGUCAAACCUCGGGGCAGUCGAAAGGAAACACGUACAGAAUUUACUGCCAGUUGACAGCUUUGUGUAAACAGUGAAAGCAAUGGUGCAGCAGGGUCACAUGUUCACGGUGGCACACCUAUGAGGCCCUCGAUCGGCGCCAGACGCUCAGACUGCAGGUAGAGCAGAGGUCCUGAUCAGGGGCAGGGCGCUGGCUCAUGUGCUCGUGUACAGCACGGUUUCCUCGGUCUGUGGCAAUCAUGAAUCGGGAAGAGCACUAUUACCCUCCUAACCAACUGUACAAGGAUUCUUGCGCCUUCCAGAGACAUCCCAACGAAGACUACAGCCAAAACCCUCCACCGUGUCUGUAUAUGAGUAGACAGACUCAGCCCGUCUACGCCUCACCGUCCUUGGGCAGCCAGGACCAGCCAAAUCUUACCGACAUUACUUCUUAUAACAUGCCGACCCGGGAUGAUCUGGCAGGGCCUCAUCUUCACCUUCCCCAGACUCCGCAGACAUCUCUACAGACGCUCGGCGGUUACGGAGACUCUCUUGACCUGUGCGGGGAUCGGAGCAGAUACCAUCUGCCCUUCCCGUGGAUGAAGUCAACGAAAUCUCACACGCACGCCUGGAAAGGACACUGGACAGGUCCUUACAUGGUGGAGGCCGAGGAGAACAAGCGCACGCGGACGGCGUACACCAGAGCGCAGCUGCUCGAGCUCGAGAAAGAGUUUCUCUUCAACAAGUACAUCUCCCGCCCGCGCCGCGUGGAGCUCGCGCUCACCCUCAGCCUCACCGAGAGACACAUCAAGAUCUGGUUCCAGAACCGACGCAUGAAGUGGAAAAAGGAGGAGGACAAGAGGAGAGCCAGAGGAGUGGAUCCCGAACAGGAUUCCUCGAUCACGUCCGGAGAUCUGAAGGAGGAGUCGUGUGUCGCUCCGGGCACGGGACCCCCCUCACCUCUGCACUCUCACCUACCUCCAGUCCCACAAGACUCGUCAAACAAACACUGACCAAAAGAGACAUGUGUCAUCAACGCAAUCUUUCAGCCUGCCAUCGACGAGUGGAAAUACUAGUGUGACAAUGACAAGAGUUCGUCAAAUCCUGUAAAUCUGUACAGUAUGCUAAAAGAUUGACAGUAGGGGGCGAUCUCAGUCGUGUGAGAGCCGAAGCUCCCCUGGAGUCAGUUUCUUGGGAGGUGAUUUUGUGUAAUAGAAAUUCAUGACGUUGUCAAAUGUUCAUUAGCAAAACUUUAUUGGACAUUAGUAUAAUUGUAUUCGUAUUUAUAGAUAGACAAUGAAAAGUCAAAUAGGCUACAAGUGAAUAUCUCUCUUAUCAUGAAUUUCUUUCAAUAACAUUCAUAGCCUACUAUUUAUAGCUAAACAAAUUAAAAGCAUGUGUGCA